UUUAUCAGAGAAAGAGCCGGGGCCACAGUGGGAAAGAGGCAGAAAGGAGAGGUACAAAGAUACUGAGGCAAGGCAAGACUGUGCAUCUGUGAGUGUGAAGCAGACAGUAAUUACCUUCCAGAGUAAAAAAAAAAAUAUCAAGAGCUGUAAAGAGAAAGAGAGGGAGGAAGCUCCUCAUUUAGAUCCUCAGUCUAUUCUCAGGCAAAGAGGUAAGACAGGGUGUUUAUUGAAUCAGGGAGAAAGAGCGGAAGUGUUUUCUCUGGAGCAGCACAGCUCAUCCUUUGUCAUUUUUCUGAGUCGUGCUGGGUGAAAACAGAUGGACAAGAUGAACCACAGCUCAGCUGAGGCAGAGGCUGAAGCUAUAGAACCACUGCGUUACCUCAGUAAAGGGGAGGCAGCAGCUAUAGAGUCAGAGCUCAUGAAGGAAUACAAGUUUGGACAACAGCAGCUCAUAGAGAUUUGGGGACAUGCCUGCGCCCUCGCCAUCACUAAGGCCUACCCUCUCAGCUCUCUAGGAAAGAAGCAGCCAACAGUACUGGUGAUCUGUGGUCCUGAUCAAAAUGGCUCCAUCGGCCUGGUUUGUGCCCGACACCUGCGCAUAUUUGAAUAUGAGCCGACAAUCUACCAUCCCAAGCGUUCCUCUCACAGUCUACACCAGGAUUUCACAGUUCAGUGUGAGAAGAUGGACAUCCCUUUCCUGUCCUACCUCCCUACAGAGGUGCAGCUCAUAAACGAUGCCUACAACCUAGUGAUUGAUGCCAUGCUGGGCCCAGAGGCAGACACCGCCAACAUUAAGGAGCCCUACUCUGGUAUUCUGGUCACCCUGAAGCAAGUUAAGAUUCCCAUUGCCAGUGUGGAUGUGCCCUCAGGUUGGGAUGUAGAAGAGGCGACUCAGGAUGGGAUAAACCCCGAAGUUCUCAUCUCUCUCACAGCACCAAAGAAGUGCGCCAUGAGUUUCUCGGGGAAGCAUUUCUUGGCCGGACGAUUCCUGCCCUAUGACAUCCAGAAAAAAUAUGAGCUUAACCUUCCAGACUACCCUGGCACAGACUGUCUCAUAGAAUUGUAACACAUGGGAAACGUAAGAGUCGAUGUGGCUGCUUCUCAUUUUAAAAGCAUAUGGGUAAUCUAUUCUCUUGUUUUGUAUUUUAUAGAUUGUUACUGUGAUUUAAUGUUAACAUCUCAGUUCUGUAGAUCAGGCUACACUUUAGCUACAUUCGCUGUUGAGCUACAGUAGGAGGAUUAUAUAUAGAAACUGUGGUUUGAGUCAUGUCUUUUUAGCAAAUGGCAUCAGGAAUCUUUGUGUUAGUCUUCUUGUGAAAGGUGUAGCAUUACCCUUUUCUGAUUACUUUGCAAAAUACAGAAAAUACUGAAAUAUCUAUUUCCACAGUCUGCAAAGAAACAUGCAUUUUCUAUUAUGCUAAACACUUGAAUGUUUAUUUUUCGUUUUUUUGUUGUUCAUGGUCUGCUCUUAUGUUUAUAUGUGACUUUCUACUGAAGUGUGCUCAUAUGAGUUAGGCUACGUUCAGACAGCAGGUCUUAAUGCACAAGUCGGAUUUUUUGGCGAAAUCUGAUUGUUUUUGUGUGUGUGCUCGUUCAUAUUACACAUUAAAUGCGACUUCUAUCAGUUUUGAGUAUGGACUGAAUGCGACCCUGAGGUGACCCACAUGCGCAAAAGAGGUCCCGAUGUAAUACAUGACCACACAGAUAUGCACUGUGUUUAUAGAAAUGACACUCCUGGGAUGCAAAUUUGUGACGUUUGUCGCAUUUCAGUGAUGUAAAGGACAGAUAAAUGCGACAUGGCCGUUCAAACUGAAGUCGCAUUGCAAAAUAUCAGAUAUGUAUCAGAUUUAGGACCACAUAUGAAAGUGGCCUGGGUCGGAUUUGAAAAAAUUGGAUUUGUGCUGUUCAAAGUGUCUUUAACAGAUUGGAUGCAGGUCACAUACGGGGAAAAAAAUCGGAUUUGAGCCACAUUUGCCUGCAGUCUGAACGAAGCCUUAGUGUCAGGUUGGCAAUUCCUUAGUUUCUAUUUAUGUGUUCUGCAUUUGUUUGGUCAGCCUGCACUGCAUUACAUUUGUUUCAGUUAUUUUUCGUUACCUGUUACAAAAGUUCCAGACAGUUCUUGUUGUUCAUUAAAAAAGUCUCCUUUAAA